GGAACUCAAAUAACUGUUAUACAAGUGAGUGAUCAGUGUAAGCAGAUUCUGAAAGAAAAAGAUGGGGAUGAAUGGUAGAGGUAGAGCUAUUUACCUUGUAGCAGUGCUGAUUUUUGUGUUGGCAUCAAAUAUGUUGAUUUUGGUGGCUGAGGGUGCUGGUGAGUGUGGAAAGACCCCUAUAGGAUCUGCAGCUGCUAGUCUCAGCCCUUGCCUGAGUGCUGUUAACAAUGUGAAGGCCAAGGUUCCUUUGGCAUGUUGUGCAAGAGUUGGUGCUUUGCUCAGAACUGCUCCAAAAUGCCUCUGUGCUGUUCUGUUGUCUCCUCUUGCCAAACAAGCUAAGAUCAACCUUGCCACUGCUAUCACCAUUCCAAAGAGAUGCAACAUCAAGAACCGUCCUGCAGGAAAGAAAUGUGGAAAGUACACUCUACCCUGAAAUCAAAACAACAGAAGAAUCAUAUCGAAUAUGCAGUGUUAAACAGAUUAGAGAGAUAAAUAAAUGCAAUGAUAUGGCAUCUUCAACUGUCACCUGUUUCAGUGGUGGCAGUGUCUUCUGUGUGUUGUUACAAUCACAGAUAUCUAUGAUUACUAUCCUAAAACUUGUCAUUGUUUUCAUUCCAAAAAGAUGUUAUAAGAUAAUGGAAAUAAUAAUAAUUAGUAACUCUUUGGUAGUUUC